CACACACACACACACACACACACACACACACACACACACACACACACACACACACACACGAUUUUGCUGUCGUUUGCGCGCCUGCGCAGUCAGGAAGCAAGGAAUCGAAACUGAAAUGGAACACGGAAGAAGACAUGAGACGCUGCAGAAGAAAGAUCUGAAGCGACCCGUGACCAGGUCCAGUCCGACCACCACACACAGUGCAAGGAUGGCAAGGGGGUACAAUUCGAGUGCUCAAAGUCCAUUCAGGCGAAGGACUGAGCAUUCUUUUUGGAAGACUCCUUCCAAUUUAGGAGCCCGGGGGACACUCCCCUUCGGCUCAAAAUCUCGUCAGAGAACCGGGACAAAAAAGCAAAUUAGCCUUGCUGAAUGGAAGCAGGUGGAAAAGAUGAAGAUACUAAAACAGAUCGCGGAAGAAAAGGACGUGACGAAGAACCCCAUACAUCGAGUCAGUUCACCGGCUUUUGAAAAACCUGCCACCUCAGGAUCUUUAACUUCUCGGACCUUUCCCAGCAAUAAGAAAGAUAAAGCACAGUUAACACAAGACCAAAGUCAGACUGAAAAAAUAAGACCAGUGGGGCACCCAUCACUUGUAAGCCCGGCCAUGGCAAAGAGCAGAGCCAUCGAAGAAAAGAGGAAAGAAAUAGAGAAGGUUUAUCAACGGGACUGUGGCACGUUCAGCCGGGUGGUGAAGAAGCUGGUCUCCAAGGACCCCUCGUUAAUGCCUCCCAUCCGCUUCGCUGUGCAGGAAAAUCUCAAGGAGAUAGGCCUGCGCUGUGCUGCAGCCAUGGACCAGUUUAUAACCCAGUAUGACCUGAGUGCAGCCUCCCAAGAGAUGCAAACACACACACACACAUAAACACAUAUGCCCCUCGGUUUUAUUUUUAUUGUUAGUCUGUGUGUGUGUGUGUGUGUGUGUGUGUGUGUGUGUGUGUGUGUGUGUGUGUGUGUGUGUGUGUGUGUGUAUGUGUGUGUGUGUGUGUGUGUGUGUGUGUGUGUGUGUGUGUGUGUGUGUUUGUUUUUGUAAAACCCAGUUCAAAUGUCCAGAUCUUAGUUGUGUCUCUGUGUUUUAUAAAGAAGAUGCACCAAAAAUGGCAUUUUGUAUAUCUUUAUAGUAUCAGUGAAUCACAUUCACCAUAUAUGGUUUAUUCAAUUUCAGAAGGUAAAUGCUUAUGCUAGAAACCAUGGUAUUGCGCAACAUGUGAUGAUCCAUUUUAUUUUCAUGUGGGUUGAGCUGAGCAGGAAGUUGAUGAAGAGAGGGUAGACACCUGACAUUGAAAAGGGUCUUUCGAUCACUUUACCAACCGCUGUUUUCAACAACCACAUACCAGUAAGCUUGGACAUUAACUGGCACCCUUCUGGUUAUUCAUUGUAAUACACUUUAUUUCCAUAUAGGACGACAACAUUAAAAGGUACAUGCAAAUCCUCCUAUCUCUACCCUGUCUUAUACAAAUAAGGAUUCUUAAGUUACAAAAUAUAUUUAUAUAAAUAUGUAAGACAAUAUGUACAUAACAUUUACAUUACCACAUCCAAUACUUUAAAGACAUUUUUAUUUCUAUUUUUGUUUACUUUAUAUACAUUAAACAGGUAUCGAUAAUU